CUGUGUAGAUAGUAGUUGCCUUAUGCACUAGCUAAGGUCACACUGCAUUUUUGAGUUUGCAGUUCUGUGUUUGUUUUGAAAUUAUGUUUCUUCUAACAAAAGAUGAUGAAAAGUUCGUUUUGUUACCAGCUAAGAAGGUUUACACCGUGGGUCGCCUGGCCACGGAUUUGAUUGUUGCGCAGGAUCUGAGUAUAAGUAGGAAUCAUGUGCAAAUUCACCUGCCGGGAGAAGAGGACGAGGAAGAUUGCCUGCAAAUCGAGGAUCUUGGCUCUAGAUAUGGCACCUUCACCUUCCCCAGAAACUCCCAGAAGCCGCGAAAAGUCCCUGCCAAGACAAUGACUCCCUUGCCUGAUGGAACUCGAGUGCGAUUUGGCGCAAACUUGAGCAUCUGGCAAGUGACCCGCCUAAAGUUGGUCACCACGGUCUCCGCCUUGACCCGACCUGAGAUCCAGGAGCUGGCGGAGAUACUCAAACCUAUGGGUGGGACCGUGACCUCAAACUGGACCGAUGAGUGCUCCCAUCUCACGAUGAACGAAGCCUCGGUGACCGUGAAACUACUGCACGCCAUGCUUGAGAACAAACCGAUUGUGACCUUUGCCUACUGGAGAAAGCUGCUUCAGGCGGCGCAGAGCGUCCAUGUGAAGGAGGGAUGGCCACAGCCUGAGGAUUACCAGCCCACCAAUAUGGAUGUCACCUGGCGACCCGAACGUACCCGUCUUUUUGCCGGCAAAACCUUUGUCUUCAUGAAUCGCAAACACUUCGAAAUGUACGGAUCGGUGGUGCAGAAAGCUGGGGCAACCUGCAAGGAUAUCAAUUCGGGGGUGCGCAAAACAUUCCUAACAAAGGGUGAUGUGAUAGUCAUACAGUAUGUGCCUUCAACUCAGUCCCAGGCCACUGAAUCGAUCAAUAGUAUACAAGAUAUUCUAGAGCAGGGUGGCCGACGUAUUAUACAGGAGUACGAGAUUGGCAUGGCCUUGAUACAUUGCUCCGUCAAAGAGUUCUGCAACCCAGCGCACAAGUUCAUCAUCUCAGAUUCAUUGCCUACCACCGAGUCCGUAACUUCCUCGAUGGCGUUCAACUCCUCGAUCAUUGUGCCCAACACGGAACGUAAUUCAGCGCAAUCCAUUGAAACACCUAUUUCUGAACUAGUGCUGCCUGAGUCGGACGAAUGCGUUAUGGAGAAGGGGCCUUCAGUGCCUGUUUCGGAUCCUCAAACGUCUAAAAGCUCUUUGCGUAAAAGGAGUCAUGCCAUUGCAGUCGACUCCUCUGAUGAGGAGAAGGAAACAGCUGCAUCCAAGCGAGCCAAACCAUUACUCACCGAGAAAGCAAACAGUAAAGCCAAGAAUUCCAUACUACUGGAUUCGUCGAAUGAAGAGGAAUCUGUAAAGCCAACAACUGCUGCUCCUGUUCAAAGGCAACACAUGACAAGGCGAAGCAAAGCCGUCGAUGAAGCCAAAGCUGUACAGCCAGCAGUUCCAGUUGAAGCUCCAAACAGGCACAUGCCAAAGACAGGCAAACGCGUCUAUUGUGUGGACUCCUCGGAUGAGGACAAGGACAAUUCCCAGGAGCCAAAAGAAUCAUCACCUAUAGACGCCCCUUCUGCGAGCAGGAAGAAACCAGAAACGGUAGCUGCGACCAGGAUAUCACCUCGUCUUAAUGCCAAAUCAGUGGCCACAAAUGUUACAAACCAACCGCCGGAGAAGGUACCUAUGCCACCCAAACGUCCUGUCCUAUCUGUGGCUGUGGAUGACAAAGAUGAUGAGGGGGGACUCUUUCAGUUCCGGAAAACUCCUAAGAAAACAGCGGUUACUACUGCCCAACCAAAGUCAGCGGGCAAGGGCAAAAUAAGUGUUAUCAACUUUCUGGAAAAAUCCCAAUCACAUUCAGCCUCCCACUCGGAGUCGCAAUCGCAGACCCAACCUCGUAAGCGUUUGCGCUUGGAACCACUCAACGAAAGCGAUAGCGAUGAUUGUGAAAAUCUUUUUAACUUUGCGGACAGCAAAAAGAAAAAGAAGAAUCAGGAGGAGAACAAUGAAGAUUCCACCGAUGGUUUGUUUAAUUUUAAUUCUGAAAGACCAAGCGAAAGUGUUGACCAGGAUUCCGUGCUGACCGAACCCUUCCAACCUGAAGUUGAAACCAAAAAGAAAUCCAAAUACAUUGUAGUUCAGCGAAAGGAGCUGCCAAAAAAAGUGGACAUCAGUGGUUGGUUAUCGUGUAGCAGGCUGCACGAUGAUAUCAAAUCCGAGGCAGAUGCAGAAGUUAAGCUAGAAACCUCAAUUAAUGUAGAUCCCGAGGAGGAAAAGUGGCUGGCUGCCAUGAAAGACAGCAUACAGGUGCGCAUGUGCAACCUGAAUAUCGUGAAUCGCUCCCAAGAGGAAGUGGAUGCUUCUCUUGAGGAUUCGGUGAGCAAGUACAGCGGGCGCAAGAACUUUAAGAAGUUUGUCAAGACAAAUAACCCUCAUCCACAGAGGCGAAUUGUGGCUCUUAAGAGUCUGCAGCUGGCUGAUGGCAUGGUAACCUGUGUAUAAUUUGGUGUCUUUAAUUUGAGUGUUACUUUAUUUUACUAACAAUAAACUUGCGAAAUAUG